GGGCUUGGGACAGGGCAGUGGGGUGGUGAGAGGUGGGUAGGUGGAAAGAUGGCUCUGAGUAAGCGUGUCCCUGAUGGUCUAGCGGUUAGGAUUCCUGGUUUUCACCCAGGCGGCCCGGGUUCAACUCCCGGUCAGGGAGCAGCGUUUUGGUCUACUUAG